AUGAAAACGGCGGUAUUCGGUCACGACGAGAUAUGCGAUGACACAUCAUUGUCGCUGAACAGCGGUGCGGUACCACCGCUCACAUUCACGCCACCAGCAACACUCUCCGUUUCCGCAUCUUUGCCAAUUCGCCGAAGCGGAUGCAGCGUCGUGAAUGCGGUGGGCAGCUACCGGCCUCAUCAUCCGCGACGCACCUCACGUAUGCAAAAUGUAAGCUUAUAUCCGUCUGGUAAACACAGAGCUUUUUUGAUCACUUGCUUUUUCCGCCCACUUUUUCUUCGCCGAUCACAUUUUUGCUGUUUUUUUGUACUUUAA